AUGCGAACGCAACCGUUUCUCUUCGCUCUCGUCGCCCUUCUCGCCUCUAACGUCAUCGCUCAAGGGAAUAACGAUGAUGAUAAUACGACGAGUGACGUGACGCCAACUCCUACACCAACCCCAACCCCAACUCCUACUCCUACUCCUACUCCUACGCCAACACCAACACCUACGGAGACGGAAACGGAGACAGACACCGAGACGGACCCCGACGAAGACUCUUCCACAUCCGAGACACCCUCUGAGACCCCGACGGAAACCCCGACGGAAACGUCGACCGAUGCCAGUACUACAACGGAGCCUUCGUCCACCGAUACUCCUCCACCUAUUACCACUUCAACUUCAUCCGAUGAUGAUGGACCGCUUCCUACUAUCCCUGGCCAAUAUAGUUAUCCCGCUCCUUCCGUUCCUCCUACGAAGAAUGCCCCGUUUAUGCAACCGUCAAGCGUGCCGGAAGGCACCGUGUUCAUCGCAGUCGGGGCAAUCCUAGGUGCUUUCGGAGUUGCCGUCUUGAUAUGGCGCGCGGUUGUCGCCUGUCUUCUGCAUCCGCUCGGUUAA